AUGGCUGAUCUUGAAACAAUUAUUGAUUCACAAUAUACAAUAGAAAAUAAAACUACAAAUACUCAUACACAUAAUAUUUCUGAUAAUAAUAUUAAAUCACCAAGUCGAAAAGAAAAUAUACUUCCACCACCUCCUAUUCCAAAAUCUAUACUUGGACCAUUUGAAUCAAAUUCUAUUGCCGAACAAUCGUCUUAUUAUCCAUUAAAUAAAUUUUCAUUAAAAAAAUUUCAUAAACGUUAUGAACCAUCAAAAUCAUUAUCAAUAACAACAUCAAUAUAUCAUAGAAAUUUUCGAAAUUGGAAACAUACAAUACCAAUUAAUGAUAUAUCAUCAAGUCCAUUUAAUAAUAAUCAACAAAUUUUACGACAACAAACAACACCACGUUCAAUGCCAACACCAAUACCAAAUCUUUAUUCACCAAUGCGUUCAAAUGAUUUACAAUCAUCACCAUAUCCUAAUCGAUCAAUUAGUAGUGUUCAAACAAUAAAUAGUCCAAUAGGUGGUAUUAUACCAUCAAUAAUACCUGAAAUUGAUUCAUUUAUAUUUAAUAUUUUACUUACUGAUAGUAUUUUAAAUAUAUAUCGUGAUAUUAAUUUUGAUUCAUGUGUUUUAUGUGCAUGUAAUUCAAAUGAUUUAUCAAUACAUGGUAUUGAUUCAAUAAUAUAUUUAGAAAAGCCACAUGAUAAUAUUAAAUCUAUACAUUCACAUAUGUAUACACAUCAACAAUCACCAUAUCAAUAUUCAACAAUAUAUUCUCAAUAA